GAUGGAGUCCCUUGAACCGGAUUGCCGAGUGGUGAGGAAGCAGAAGGAGGCAAGAGAUUGUCUUGGGGGAAGAUGGGUUAGAUAGAUAUAGGUCUAGGUUCAUGUCGGGUUUUGGAUGUUUUUGGAGGGACGUCAUCGUUUUGACAGCACAUCAUCAAAACUCCAAGCGUUUGCUUUCGCCGCAUGCGGGAGCGUUUUUCUCUGGUUUCUUGAACAACUUCGCGCAUCUUGCUCUGAUAACCUCUCUCUACCGAGGGAGACACGACAAUUGGUUUAUUUAUCGCUUCGCCUCCCUUUUUUAG